UCCACCUCCGCAUCCCUGAGUCCUCCCCAGUUGGGACAGCCAUUGGCAGCGUCAAAGCCACAGAUGCAGACACUGGAAAAAAUGCAGAAGUAGAGUACAGAAUUAUAGAUGGAGAUGGGACAGAUAUGUUUGAUAUUGUGACACAGAAGGACACACAGGAAGGCAUCAUAACUGUGCGAAAGCCACUGGACUAUGAAACAAGACGACUUUAUACCUUGAAAGUAGAAGCUGAGAAUACCCAUGUGGAUCCACGCUUCUAUUAUCUUGGGCCUUUCAAAGAUACCACUAUUGUGAAAAUCUCUGUAGAAGAUGUAGAUGAACCUCCUGUCUUCAGCAGAUCAUCUUACCUUUUUGAGGUGCAUGAAGAUAUUGAGUUGGGGACAAUAAUAGGAACGGUAAUGGCACGGGAUCCUGAUUCAGCUGCAAGUCCGAUCAGGUUUUCUCUGGAUCGUCACACUGACCUUGACAGGAUAUUUAAUAUUCAUUCUGGAAAUGGGUCCAUCUAUACUUCUAAGCCACUUGACCGUGAGAUAUCACAAUGGCACAAUCUUAGCGUUAUAGCAGCUGAGAUCAACAACCCCAAAGAUACUACUCGCGUUCCUGUCUAUGUAAGAAUUUUGGAUGUUAAUGACAAUGCCCCACAGUUUGCUGUAUUCUAUGAUACUUUUGUAUGUGAAAAUGCAAGAGCUGGACAGCUUAUUCAAACCAUAAGUGCAGUAGACAAAGAUGACCCUCUUGGUGGACAAAAAUUUUUCUUCAGUUUAGCUGCUGUGAACCCUAACUUCACUGUUCAGGAUAAUGAAGAUAACACUGCCAGAAUUUUGACAAGAAGGAAUGGCUUUAGUCGACAUGAAAUAAGUACUUACCUUUUACCAGUGGUGAUAUCGGACAAUGACUACCCAAUCCAGAGCAGCACUGGCACGCUGACCAUUCGAGUGUGUGCCUGCGACAGCCGGGGGAACAUGCAGUCCUGCAACGCUGAGGCCUUGCUCCUCCCGGCUGGACUCAGCACAGGGGCACUGGUUGCCAUUCUCCUCUGCAUCGUUAUCCUGCUAGUUAUAGUGGUGCUGUUUGCUGCUCUGAAGAGGCAACGAAAGAAGGAGCCUUUGAUCCUCUCUAAAGAGGACAUCAGAGACAACAUUGUGAGUUAUAAUGAUGAAGGCGGUGGAGAGGAAGACACCCAAGCCUUUGAUAUUGGCACACUGAGGAAUCCUGCAGCAAUCGAAGAUAAGAAGCUUCGACGAGACAUUAUCCCUGAAACGUUAUUUGUACCACGGAGGACUCCUUCAGCACCAGAUAACACAGAUGUCCGAGAUUUCAUUAACCAAAGGCUAAAGGAGCACGACACUGAUCCUUCUGCACCGCCGUAUGACUCACUUGCAACCUAUGCCUAUGAAGGAAAUGAUUCAAUAGCUGAAUCCUUGAGCUCCUUAGAGUCGGGUACUACCGAAGGAGACCAAAACUAUGAUUACCUCCGAGAAUGGGGCCCUCGGUUUAAUAAGCUUGCUGAAAUGUAUGGUGGAGGAGAAAGUGAUAAAGACACUUCUUAACCUACAGUAGGCUACCUUUUUGUUUCCUUUAAGCGGAAGUAAUUUUACAGACACCUUCUACACUCUACAAUAUUUAACAUUCAGGAAAAUUUUCCUGCCACUCAGCACAAUGGUUUCCUUUUAAAAUUUGUUUAAAUUUGUCCAUUAAUGUCAUUCAUUCUUUCUAGUAGAAUGCCACUUGGAAUAUAUACAGCAUUUUAUUUAAUCACCUUCCAAGAGCCAAAGCUAUGGAAAUUCAGUGUUGUCCAUUUUAGUAA